ACCUCCUCAUCUCUUCCCUCAUUUUCCACUCUUCCCAUUUUACAUUUGUACCCCUCCGCCAUUUUUAAUACCUUCAUUUCCAAUCAAUUUUGUGAUAAAAACAUGAUGCUAAGAGCAGUUUCAUCAGGCGGGUCACCCCUGUUUAGCUCCUCCCCUGUUGUUUCAGGGAAGGAGAAUGGUAGUGGCUUGUUUUUGCCGAGUUCCGUGGUGUUUGGAGGAGAGAAAGAGAGGAGAAACAAUGGGUGUGGGAGAAUCUCCAUGGCUGCUUUUAAAGAAGGUGGGCCAAUGACUGGGAUUGUGUUUCAGCCGUUUGAGGAGGUUAAGAGUGAUAAUUUCUUGGUCCCCACUUCUCCUCAGGCGUCCCUUGCUAGACAGAGCUUUGUUGAUGAUUGUGAAUCUGCCAUUAACGAGCAGAUCAAUGUGGAGUACAGUGCAUCCUAUGUGUACCACUCGCUGUUUGCCUACUUUGACAGGGACAAUGUUGCUCUGAAAGGCUUAGCCAAAUUUUUCCGGGAGUCAAGUGAAGAAGAAAGGGGUCAUGCUGAGAAGUUAAUGAAGUAUCAGAACAUGAGAGGAGGAAGGGUGAAGCUGUUUUCAAUUCUUAUGCCGCCAUCAGACUUUGAGCAGGUUGAAAAGGGUGAUGCACUAUAUGCAAUGGAGCUGGCGCUGUCAUUGGAGAAGCUUGUGAAUGAGAAAUUGCUGAACUUGCAUGGUGUUGCUGCGAAAAACAAUGAUGUCCAGUUACAAGAAUUUGUUGAAGGCGAAUUUCUGAGUGAGCAGGUUGAGGCAAUUAAGCAGAUUGCAGAUUAUGUCACUCAGUUAAGAAUGGUUGGCAAGGGACAUGGAGUUUGGCACUUUGAUCAAAUGCUCCUUAACUAAGGAGAUCCUCUUCACUGAUAUGAACUUGAAGAUUUCCUGUAGCUCUAGGUAUCAACUUUCUGUCGUCCAGAAAAUUCCGUCUUUUAGUUUGGGAUGGAAUGGCUAUAAUUUAGGGAAGCUUGUAUAAAAGUAUGUAUCUCCAUUGAUGUAUUAAGAAGAUGAUUGUAGGUAGCCACUUUGUAUUUCGUCCGAUACCUGGAGCUUUAAUAAUGAGAAUUGUAGCUGAUGUUUGAAGUUAUCUUGCUCAAAUUAUGAUGUAUUAUAUUAGCCAUUAAUAAAUCCUUUGGUUUGAAUUGAGCUUUCA